GCUCUCGUUCCUCUCCGUUGUUAUUUUAUCUAUAUUUGUACCUUCUUUUUUCCUUCUAGAGAUACACUCCCCCAAACACCCGCACUUUCUCCUUUCUUUUUUCUUUUUUUAAUCGGGAAAAUUUUCUCAUUCCGUUUUGAACUUAACUUCCAAAGUUCUUUUUGUUUUUAAUCUUUUAUUUUCUUUUUCCCGGUCAAAAAUCUUUCACUCUUUAUCUCAAACUAAAUAAGGAGCAUUUGGAAGUUCAGCAUCUCUCCGUCUCUCUCUCUCUCUCUCUCUCUCUCUCUUUUUUUUUUUUUUUUUUUUCCUUUGUCGGGUUUCUCGGCAACCAAACACAGCUUUUGAAUGUACUUUCCUUCUCUGGAAUUCGUGAUCGUUUUGAAGUGAUUGAGGUUUUUGAUUUUUGGUGCUUUAAUUUUUAGCAUUUUAGGAAGGAAAUUAGUCCCUGGUGAAAGAAAAGGUGUUGGAAUUGUAGAAUAAAAAAAUGGCUGUUUCCGGAGCGAAAAUGCUGAAUAUAAGAUCGAUGUUGAUGAUGAUGUUAAACUUCGUAUUAGCUUUCGUGUUUGUUUCAGCCGAGAGAGGUUUGAGAUUAGAAGCUUUGAGGUUCAACGGAACACAGCGAUCUGAAUCCAAUUACCUUCAUAAAGCUGUGAAUUUCUUAUGGCAAGCCGAUAAAUCGGGUUAUCAACAUGUGUGGCCGGAAAUGGAAUUUGGGUGGCAAAUUGUGGUGGGUACUAUAGUUGGAUUCUGUGGAGCGGCUUUUGGUAGUGUAGGUGGUGUUGGUGGUGGUGGGAUUUUUGUUCCCAUGCUCAGCUUAAUUAUUGGGUUUGACCCAAAGUCUGCGACAGCCAUAUCCAAAUGUAUGAUCAUGGGUGCUGCUGUUUCAACUGUUUACUAUAACCUUAAGUUAAGGCAUCCAACGCUUGAUAUGCCCAUAAUCGACUAUGAUUUGGCCCUCCUCAUCCAACCAAUGCUCAUGCUUGGAAUCAGCAUAGGAGUGGCUUUCAAUGUGAUAUUUGCUGACUGGAUGGUCACAAUUUUGCUAAUUGUUCUCUUUUUAGGUACAUCAACAAAGGCAUUUUUGAAGGGUGUUGAAACAUGGAAGAAGGAAACCAUAAUGAAAAAGGAAACCGCUGGGCGUUUUGAAUCAAAUGGUACUGGUGGGGUUGCAGAAUACAAGCCUCUUCCUAGUGGCCCAAGCGGUGACUCUCAAAAGGAUGCUAAGGAACCAGAGGUCACAGUUUUUGAGAAUGUUUGUUGGAAAGAAUUUGGACUCCUAGUUUUUGUCUGGGUCGCAUUCCUUGUCCUGCAAAUUGCCAAGAAUGAAACAGCCAAUUGUUCAAUAGCAUAUUGGGUACUGAACUUGAUGCAGGUCCCUGUUUCUGUUGGAGUAACUUUGUAUGAGGCAGUUAGUUUAUACAAUGGACGGAGAGUAAUUGCAUCAAAGGGAGAGAGCGGGACAAAUUUGAAAGUGCACCAGCUCAUUCUCUAUUGUGCCUUUGGCGUACUUGCAGGAAUAGUUGGUGGGCUGCUGGGACUUGGUGGAGGGUUUAUUAUGGGUCCACUGUUCUUGGAGCUGGGAGUGCCCCCUCAAGUCUCAAGUGCCACAGCAACCUUUGCAAUGACCUUUUCUUCAUCUAUGUCUGUAGUAGAAUACUACCUUCUCAAACGUUUUCCAAUUCCUUAUGCUCUUUACUUUGUUGCCGUGGCGACUGUUGCAGCCUUUAUAGGGCAACAUGUUGUAAGACGAAUGAUUAUUUUACUUGGAAGGGCGUCCCUGAUCAUCUUCAUUCUAGCCUUCACAAUAUUUGUUAGUGCCAUCUCCCUAGGUGGAGUUGGCAUAUCGAACAUGAUUUGGAAGAUUCACCAAAAUGAAUACAUGGGUUUUGAAAACCUCUGCAAGUAUGAUGCCUAGCAUUUUCCUUAUUCCUUUUUUAUCUCACAAAAUUGGGUGUUGUAACAUCUUCCAAAGCUACACAGAUUUAAUCAAAUUACCCUUCUGCUUAAUUUGUAUCAAAUUUUGGGUCAACAAGGCUAAAAAUUACCAGUGCUUCUCUUAAAUUCUUUUUUUUCCAACUUAGUCAUCCAAGUUUACUUAGUUUCCUUCUCUUGUCAUUUGAAAUUUUGGGUGUAAUUGAUUACCCAUAAGAUUAGAUAAAGCUGCACAUACUCUUUCGUUGA